AUGAGCGGCGGCGGAGGCGACCUAUUCGGCGUGCUACCGGACGAGCUCCUGAACCACGUGCUCUCCUUCCUGCCGUCGCUCGAGGCCGUGCAGUCGUCCCUGCUAUCCCGCCGAUGGCGCCACCUCUGGCGAUCCACCGCCGCCGUCCGCGUCCGCGGCGAAGGCGACGACUUCCGGCUCUUCGUCAACGGCCUGAUCAUCCACCGCAAGGCGACGCCGCUGCGCUCGUUCGAGAUCGACGCCGACCUAGGGACCCCCAACGAACCACCGUACGACGACCCCUGGAUUAACGACGACUGGCGUGGUGAGGUCGACCCCCACGUCGACCUUUGGGUCACGCAUGCCCUGCGCUCGUGCCACGCCCGCUCUCUGACGGCCCGCUUUGACGUGGACAUUCCGUGGCAGCCGCGGCGUGCCCUCACGUUCGCCUCCGCGCACCUCACGACGGUGCACCUCGAAGCAGCCCGCCUCGUCGACGGCCUCCUCGACUUCUCGUGCUGCACGGCGCUGCAGAGUCUCGCCCUCGUGCGCUGCCUCCUUGACCACGAGGGCGACACCCUCGUGUCGCCCUCGCUGGAGUGCCUCGCCGUCGUUGACUGCCGCUCUAUGGAUAUCUACUCCUGUUUCGAUGCAGGUUGUCCAGAUGAUAGGUUGUGUGUUGGGAUCUCCACGCCGAGGCUCCGUUUUCUGGAGAUAUCUGAUAACUACGACAAGGAACAGUUCCUCCAGAUGAUGCCUUGGAUGACGGAUGACAACAUCCGGCUUACGCCCUGGGCACGUGAUGGAAGGGGCCGGCGCUGA